AUGCAGAAGGAUUCGCCCUAUUUAUCAGUUUCCAAAGUGAGUACCAAAAACCGUUCACCCAAAAGGCAAAGACGUUGUUGUCUUUUCAUUGUUGCCCUAUUCGUCUUUUGGAUCCUUCUUAUCUCUUGCGUUACAAUUGCUUUGUUUUCUUUGCAGCAUCUCGACACGCAGGAAAACACUAAGCAUAAUGCAAUCGAGGGUAUGGCGAGUGAAGAGUUGGAGUUGAGAUGGCGAAACGCCGUUAUCGACGUCCUUUCCUCUGCAAAAGUUAUGAAAGGGUUCAUUAUAGGGGAAAUUAAGUCUCUUCCUCCUCUCAAUGGUUCAAAAAGCGAGCGAAUGGCUGGUCAGACCUUCCCGCGUUUUGGGAAUGUUGCAAAUCUGAUCAACUCGACAUUGGCGACCUCUCCCGAAAUGAUUUCAGCUCCGGGUGGGGUAAUUUGUCAGACAUCACCGGAUAUACCCGGAAUGGUCGGGUUCGAUUUGCUUAAUUAUAAUGAUAGUGGUAACGUACCGAAUUGGAUAAGCCCAUACAAAACCAUAGAAACUGGAGAGGAUGAUUUGAUAGGCCCGUACGUCUCAGGUAUUCCGAGCGGCUCGUUCUUGAAUGAUUUCAUUAUCCACGUUCGUGUGCCCAUCUAUAAUUUGACGACUUUAAAUUCAUCAGACCUAGUAAAAAGUUUUUGGGGCUUUCUUUAUCUCACUCUUAGUGUUAAUAACAUUUUGGUCGAAUGUGGCCUUCACAAAUAUGUAGAGGAUACUAACAUCGAGUACCUCACUUACACAACGACACCCAAUGGAUAUUCAGUCAUUCCGAUCGAAACAAAUUUAUUAGGGAAAAAAACGCAAGAGGAAUUAAUAUAUUUUAUUAGUAAGAGCAUCGUGACUGCUAUUUUACCACAAAAGCUUUCUUGGUUUCUAGCUGUAAGAAGCCGAUCAAGAAAAAACUAUUUCAAUAGCGUAAGCAUAGCUCUUACCCUCUGCAUCUCUUCAUUUUGUGCUCUCAUAUUACUGUGUUUUGCUAUCUUAAUAAUACUACAUUGUACACGAGAGUAUGACGAGCGUAAGCAUGCGCCCAAGGCAGCACCGUUUGCGGUACUUACAUUAGGAUUCUGCUAUGGGGAUUCCCUAUGGAACUUAGCCUCGGAUGAAAUGGUGCGGAUUACCGAGAAACUCACUUCUGUUGCAUGCAAGGUAAAGGAGCAGACCCAAGGCUGCUCCAUCCCACAACUUCAACCCCAUGUAAACUCGUACAUUUUUCAAGGCGUAGAUGAUGCCGUGCGCAUGGCCCUCGGUGUAAUGAGCGAACUCCAGCGUCGACCCAUCGACAAACCGAUGCAACGUCUGUUCGGGGAAGAAGGCCAGUUGUUGCUGGCUUACGCAGUGCAUUGGUGUGUGGAUGCCUCCGUUAGACCUAGCCCCUACGCUGGUGGUGGUUACCUAUAUGAGGGCCCUGAUGUUGUUUAUGGUGGUCGCAUGUGGAUAUUUGCAGUUCCCAACGUGAUAACCCUCAGUGAACCUGCCACGGAGGCUCUCAAGAGGACGAAUCCUGCACUGCAUUCACAAAUUCAGUUUUUUAACUCAGUUUAUAUCCGUGGCGUAAAAAAACGUCAGAAUCUGUUUACUUUAGAGGAUCACAACGCCACAAAAAUGAAUAAGUCUCUCACAAAGGUGGUGUGGCAGUUACGCUAUAUGGGUCGGACGCCGCAAUAUCAUCCUCGAGGCUCAUAUACCGAAACUAAUGCCAAUCAAUUGGAUAUGUCUUUGGGGUUGAUUAAUAUUCACGUGCCCCAUGACGCCCAUGACAACACCGGUACUAACCUCGAAGAUCAUGUCAACUUAUUAGGCAAUGAGUCCAUGCAUUCAACGAUUUCGUUAAAUUCUUCCGGCAAUAUAUCCAGCAUAGGAGGGGACCUGGCGUUAAGGGUCACUGAUCCUGGUUCUCAUACACACACUUCAUUGAACUCUCCAGGUAAACAACAGACCACAGCCGGUGGUAUGGGUGGGACCGAUGUUUGUUCUGUAAACACUGGCCUCAAUGCCGCUAUAUUUGCCUCGAAUGAAGCUCAACUGGCUGUUAUGAAUCAAUUUCGCAACCGUUCUCCACCACAAGUAGGAGCAAAUCAAUGUUAUCCUUCUGAAUCUCAUAGAAAUGGUUUCAGCGGCACGGUAAACAGGUUAUGUGGACCGGUUGACAUUCGGCAACUACCGACCUGUCUGCCGGCACAGGGAUCUAUACAAUCGAAAAGAACAUCUCCUUUGCACAACCUCGGUGAUCUAACCACUUCCAUGACCAAGCAACGCUCUAGCGAUGGCCAGAUAUCUUCAGAUAUUUCUUAUGGAGGGAUUGUUGAUAUGAAGAAGUGCCACCCAACUUCAUCUAAAGGUUCACAAAUCUCUUCUUGCAAAAAACUCGUGGCUCGUAGACCACACUGUAAGGAUGGUAGCUACAAGAAUUCCGUAGAUGAAGCCGAGUUAUCUUGCUCUACAACUUUUCCUCAUCCCAGAUUGGCCGCCUUUACGGAUUUGCUGAAUAAAAAUACAACUGAAAAAAGUAGCAGUUCUGAAGCGCUGAUAUCCAAACACUUUCGUGGGACCCCAACACAGCCGCAUCUUAUUAACGUUCCGCUAAACCCCUUUUUGGUGGCUGAAGUCUUGACUGGGACUGGUCACGAGGGUGAAUUAAACGAGUGUUCCUCGCGUAGUAGCAGCCCUGGUUCGAGUAACAGUGCGAACAACCACAACGGAAUUUACCAACGAUGGGUUAGUAGUAGCGACGCUUUACGUUUCAACGUGAGUGGACCACUUGGUAUGCGGGGAAAUCUUAAUGAAUCUUCCUUUCAGAUUAAGUCUAACACUAAUCCCACACCCACUUGCAGUCUGGCAUCCAGCAGCAUCCAGCACCCACCCAUCCAGGACUCGCUGGACGCGGCACUGCGUACUGCGUUUGAGCAUCAGGCGGUUGCUCUCGAUAUUAGCUAUGAAUCGGUGCGUGUCUUGAUGUACUUCUUUUUUCAGAGUUUAAGAAUCCUUUUCAAACCGCUUAUGAAGGCGGAGAAGAUAAAUGUCUUUGAGCGACUGGCUGCAGCUCUGGGGAUUAGCCAACAAGGCACUCUCGAGAAUUUAGCGGCACGCUGCGUAAUACAGUACAUGCAGCAACACGAGAGGGAGCUUACGUUGUGGUGGGAUCAAAUGCUAAAGAAACAGGAAGAAAUGGAACAGUAA